UUUUUUUUUUCUUGUCGAUUUAUUUGCAAAUAACCGGAAAAUCUUGUUCACUUUUUCCUGGGGUGGGCUUUUGUCAGACCACAAUUAUGAGACCGGAUUUCGACAGCUCUCGCGAUUCCCCAGGUGUAUUUUUUUUCCGAUUUCGAUUUCAGCAAAAUUUGACGAAGUUAUCGCCGAAAAACUGGAUUAGAUAGACCAUUUUGUUCACUUUUUCCCUCCGACAUUCAACCAUAGAGCUUCAAAAAGACCACGGCAAUCGAUUCCUCUCGAAAUUCCCCAGAUGGAAUUUUUUUCCGAUUUUCCGAAAAAAAUCUGCCUUGGAGACUUCAAAGCGGGCGAAAAAGUACGGACUACCGGCCGUACCUCAGGCCUGAUCGGCCAGGCGAAAGGCGGACAGCAGCUGCUCAUGGAGAUGGGCUUGUGGGACGUUCCUGGCCAGGCUCCCAUUCGGGUUCUCGAGUGCAAAGCGUGCAAAGAGGAAAGGAAGGCAAUAAAGGCAGCAAUAACCGCGUUCAACCGCGGCGGAGAGGCACGGCAGCAGGCGUUGGAUGAUGCUGCGCGCGAAGACCAGGACGGUGGAGGAGACGGUGCCUCGCCAGAGGAGGGGACAGAAGGCGGGGCGGCUGGCAACCGUGUCGGCAUGAGGCGUCGCUGCUGCAUUAGGAAAGUUUUUGCAGAGCUCAAGGCGUUCAAGAUGGAGCUCAACAAGAUCGAAAAGAUGUUCAAGAAAGCGGGGCACAUCUGCAUAUUCUUGGCGAAGUAUCACCCAGAGCUCAACGCCAUCGAGCGGUACUGGGGAUACGUCAAGCACCUCCUUCGCCUCUCCUGCGAGUACUCUCUCCCGCAUAUGCUUGAGAUUCUGCCAGGCGCCUUGAGUGGCGUCCCGCUGGGGUUUGUUCGCGGGUGGAGCAGGGUGACGUGGCUGUAUCUCGAGGCCUACGACGAGGGAUUGGUGGACUACCUCGAGGUCCGCGACCUCAAGAAGUGGUUGAGCCACCGUUCCCCCACGGAGAGGGGUGACUCCGUGGUUCUGGCGAGGGCAGGGGCAGGGAAGACGGAGGAGGAGAAGAAGAAAGCAGAGGAGAAGGCGCUAGCAGCCGCGCAGGAGCUGCGUACUGAGUCGAUUAAGAGGGCGAAAAAGAAUUUCAAAUCGUUCAAGCAGAAAAGGGCGCUGCUCUCGCUGUGCGAAAAGCGCGAGCUGCGCCCGCGGUCGCGGUCGCCUUUAACUUUGAAGGAAGCGUUUAGGUUGUUGGUGAGAUUCCUAGGAAAAUAA